UGUGUUGCUUUAAUCUUUGUACAUGUUGCUGUUUUCCCCUGUUAAUGAUGUCCUGUUUUUAUCUUUCUUCUUCUCUUUUUGUUUUUUGGGUAGUGAAAAUGAUGGGUCCGUUAAUAGGAUUACCAUCCAUUUCAUGUGGCGUCGUUUGGCCUUUAUCCUUGUAGUAGUCACUGCAAGAGCCGAGGUUCACGAUGUCCUGCUCCCUCUCCAACUAUCCUCCAUGCUUUUCCUCUACGCUGCGAUCGCCCUCAGUUCAUGGUCUCUCUCUCUCUCGGUGACACUCACGCGAUUUAGCAAUCAAGUGCAGAUGCUUGUGAAUUUCGCCAUGUCCAACAUACUGAUCAUUUUGCACUGUUUCGGGUGGGGGCAAUGCGUGCCCCACGCUGAAUUGAUGACCCGUGUGAAAAUUGUUCCUGCUGCUUUUACUUCAUGUCUGUUUACUGUGCCUCUAGUUUUCGGCCCGGUCCCGUGUUUGCCAUUGUCAGUGCCGCCGCUAGUUUCUUCCUUUCUUUAUUUUUACCCCCGUAGAGAUUAGAGAAUAAUUGCAUGAGUGUUUGUUGCCCAAAGACGCUGGUUUCAAGAAAUGGGUUGUUUAAUUCUGCAACUAAAACUAAACCAAGAAGAGGAAUGACUGCUCGCGGAAGCAUUGGAAUGAACCCAGAAAUUGGUGAAAGGCUGUAUCUUGGUAUGGAUUUUGGUACUUCAGGAGCCAGAUUUGCUCUUAUAGACAAGCAAGGCAAUAUCCAUGCUGAAGGAAAAAGGGAGUACCCUGAAUACAUGAGCGGAGACGCAAGGGAUUGGGUUUCCUCGUGGAAAGUUACUCUUUUCUCUCUCCUGGAAGACAUUCCGGUGCAUCUACGCUCACUCAUUUCUUCUAUGUCGGUAGAUGGAACUUCUGCAACCACUAUGAUAAUUGACAGCAAAUCUGGUGAUACACUCGGAAGACCUUUCCUUUAUAAUGAAAGCUGUCCCGAUGCUUUACCAAUUGUGAAGUCCAUCGCUCCAGAAAACCACACAGUCUGCUCUGGUUCAUCUACACUGUGCAAGCUUGUGUCAUGGUGGAACUCCAACGAUACCGAUAAAGGAUCUGUGGUUCUAAUGCAUCAGGCAGAUUGGUUAUUGUGGCUUCUGCAUGGCAAGCUGGGAGUUUCUGACUAUAAUAACGCAUUGAAAGUUGGUUAUGAUCCAGAACUUGAGACCUACCCUUCUUGGCUGCAGUCUCAGCCAUAUUCUAAUGCUCUGCCUUCUGUUAUAGCUCCAGGAAAACCAAUUGGUCAUUUGAAAGAGGACAUUGCUCAAAAACACGGUUUUUCAAAUGAUUGCGUAGUGUGUACAGGGACUACUGAUAGUAUAGCCGCAUUUCUUGCUGCAAGGGCAACACAACCUGGAAAAGCUGUGACUUCAUUGGGUUCAACACUUGCUAUUAAAUUGCUGAGCACCCGGAGGAUUGAGGAUGCGCGGUAUGGGGUUUAUAGCCAUCGCCUUGAUGAUAAAUGGCUUGUUGGAGGCGCUUCAAAUACUGGCGGAGCUGUUUUGAGACAAAUCUUUACUGAUGAGCAAUUAGAGAAAUUGAGUGAGCAGAUAGAUCCAUCGGAAGCAUCACCUCUAGAUUAUUACCCUCUUCAAACUGCUGGCGAAAGGUUUCCUGUGGCAGAUCCUAAUAUGAUGCCCAGGUUACUUCCACGCCCAGAAAGCAAUGUUCAAUACUUGCAUGGCAUUCUAGAAUCUAUUGCGCGUAUCGAGGGAAAGGCGUAUAGCUUGCUGAAGGAUCUGGGGGCGACUCCGGUGGAAGAAGUGUUCACAGCUGGAGGUGGCUCGAAAAACGAGAAAUGGAUAAAGAUACGCGAGAGAGUGCUCGGCGUACCCGUGAGCCGGGCCAUCCAGACGGAGGCCGCGUACGGAGCCGCCUUAUUGGCUUUGAAGGGUAUGGAGGGAAACAUAUAGCCAAAGCAUCAAACUAGCAACAGCAGGACAGAACCGGGAACUAAGAAAAACACUCAAAAUCACCUGUAAAGCUCACUUUCACGAGCGAAUUCAAUUUGUUGUGGUUAAGAAGUUGAGAAUUUGCAAAUACCAUAAGAGGCUUCAAUUACAGCAUGAGUACUUAAAGGUUGUGAUACCAGGAUGUUGGCUUGUUCUCUCUAGAUUUUUUGUCUUCCUUGGUGGGGACCGCAGCGUUUUGCC